AUGUCGUACCAAGCUGACAGCCGAGUCUCCCCCACAUCUUCCUCUUCUCCAGACGCUGAUACUGAGACUGAACACGUCGAAUACGUUCAACUCCAGGAUAAUCAGCCUUCCCCAGCUGCUGAGACUGAACACGAGGAAUACUUUCAAUUCCAGGAUCACCAGACUUCUCCGGCUGCCGAGACUGAACACGAGGAAUACGUUCAAACCCAGGAUCAUCAGCCUUCGUCGGAGUCCUUGACCCUACCUUCCCGACCGUGGGGGUUCCUAAGCUUGCCCCGUGCGGUUCAGGACAUACUCGUGCCCCCGCCGGUUGAAAGUGGCCAUCGUCUUCGCCGAUCUGGCUCGCGGUCGAGACGUGGAGCUCGAAGCCCUGUUGAGCCAUUCGUUCCGUCGCCGUUACGGAUUGUAUCGUCUGCCAUGUCUGCAGCAAAUUCUCCAGAGAGAGAACAGGCUAAUACUGAGGAUGUUCGGCGUAGAUCAUUCGAUCAGCCUACGCCAGACGACCGUCAAGCUCCCGCUGCUCAGGGACCUGGAAUUGAUGAUGAUGAUGCCAAGUCAGAUAUCUCAACAGUUUCGUCGGAGAAGACGGGGUCGAAAAAGAAAACUGCAGGACGAAAGGCAAUGGCCGCUGUGAUGUCGGGUUUGGAGGGGCGGUUGUUUCCUCGAAGUUUGAGUCGUGGGCGAGAGUCCAGUCGGGGAUCGUCAAGUCGGGAGGUUUCAAGUCGCCGGAGUUCCUCGUUGGACUUGCAUUCUCCCUCAUCCGACGCACGGCUUAGUCGUUCUGUUUCCCCCACCAACCGUUCCUUUCAACCUGAAUCUCAACCCAUCACCCCCACCACCUCCAACACAGGAAACUCACUCAAGAUGGAGAGCACUCACAAUAAAUCCGACGAGGCCCUGGUUAAACCCUCUGGUAGUAUGCCUACCUACGUGAAGCCAGCUGAACAUGGCGAGUCUGGAGAGCGCCUCGCGAAGGACGUCUUCGAUCGUGACAACAACCUCAUCGAAAGCAGCAGCGAUGACGACGAUGAUGAAAGCGACGAUGAAGAUGACGACGACUAUGAGGGUUCUGGAGACGACGAGCCUAUUCCCGGAGUGACCUUCGUGACCGUCGGUCGAGGCCGCAAGGACAAGAAGCGUGACGACAUCACCAGCAUCACCGCCAGCGACUUCAACAAGCCAAAGGACGCCAACCUCAAUAUCACCGAGCAACAGCCAUCGGCCCCCAAGCACAACAUCCCCGGCAUGGACAAGAAGCCGCGAAAGUCGGUUCUGAAGACAGUCAUUCGUCCUCAGACCAACUACGAGAUCCCCACUCCACGCGCCCGAUCUGCAGCUGGUACUCCAUGCGGAUCAGAUGACGAAGAAGAAGAGGCCGCUAUCAACCGUGCCCAGGGACUCAGCAUCUACGUGUCCACGAUCGACAACCGCGUGCCCAACCGCUCCAUCCGCACGAUCGUCCGUGGUGAGUUUGACGAGAUCCAGAAGGAAGCCGACGAGGGUCGACGCCGCCAACGCAAGUACCUCGUUGCCACCGAUCUCAGCAAAGAGUCUGAGUACGCCCUGGAGUGGACGAUCGGCGGUCUGUUGCGCGACGGCGACACCAUGUAUGCGAUCUACGCCAUGCAUGAGGAUGCUGCCGCCUCCGCCGUCCAGGUCGGUGAAGGUGCCAAGGCCAUGCAAGACACCAUGGCCGUCGUUGGCAGUCAGACCAAGGAGGUCUCCCGUGCCGGCACUCUCAACCUCUUGGGCCGGUUGAGCUCCGGUGUUGCCAGCAAGGCUGGCUCUGUUGAUGCGCGUGCCUCUCCAGCUGCGGAGGCAGAACGAGUCCGAGCAGUCGAAAAGAUCUCGGAUAUGUGCAUCGGGCUCCUUCGAAAGACGGGCUUGCAAGUCCGCAUUGCCGUGGAAGUCAUCCACUGCAAGAGUCCGAAGCUGAUGAUCACUGAGGCCAUCGACGAGCUGGAACCGACCCUCGCAAUCGUGGGUGCUCGCGGCCAAAGUGCCUUGAAGGGAGUGUUGCUCGGCUCCUUCUCAAAUUACCUCAUCUCCAACUCCUCGGCUCCGGUGAUGGUUGCUCGCCACAAGCUCCAGCGCCAGCUGCCAAAACAGCAGGCGAACGCGAGACUCGCCAACAACCUCAACCCCUCCAAGAGCCUCUUGGAGAAGCUUGAGGCUGAGGCUAAGGCUGAGGCCAAGGCCAAGGCGAAGGCGAAGGCCACCACCGGGGCCGCGGGGAAGGCGGUGGUAAAGGUGGAGGAGAAGUCGGAGGAGAAGGCCAAGGAAAAGGCCAAUUAA